AUGGGUGGUGAUGGUAGUACAAUUGAAAAAUAUGAAUUAAUCACAAGAAAUCUUCAAGAAGUUUUGGGGGAAGAGGAAAUUUUAAAAAUUCUUAAGGAAAGAGAUUUAAAACUUUACUGGGGUACAGCACCGACUGGUAAACCGCAUAUUGGAUAUUUUGUACCAAUGUCAAAAAUUGCAGAUUUUUUAACAGCUGGUGUUGAGGUUACGAUUUUAUUGGCUGAUAUUCAUGCUUUUCUUGAUAAUAUGAAAGCACCAUUAGAACUUGUAAAAUUCCGAACCAAAUAUUAUGAGGUGCUUAUUAAAACCACUCUUGAAUCAAUUGGGGUACCAAUUGAAAAACUGAAAUUUGUAACCGGAUCAGAUUAUCAGUUGACACCCAAAUACAGCAUGGAUAAUUAUAAACUUUGUGCAAUAGUUACAGAACACGAUGCAAAAAAAGCAGGUGCAGAAGUGGUUAAACAAGUAGAGUCAGCUUGUUUAUCGGGUUUACUUUAUCCAGGAUUGCAAGCACUAGACGAAGAAUAUUUGGAGGUUGAUGCACAAUUUGGAGGUGUCGAUCAGAGAAAAAUAUUUGUUUUUGCCGAGAAACAUUUACCGCAUCUUGGAUAUAAGAAAAGAAUACAUUUAAUGAAUCCGAUGGUUCCCGGCUUGGCAGGAUCCAAAAUGUCAUCAUCAGAUCCAGAUUCCAAGAUUGAUUUACUUGAUGAUUUAAAAACUAUUACUCGUAAAAUGAAGAAAGCAUUUUGUGAAGAAGGCAAUAUUACAGAGAAUGGACCUUUAUCAUUUGUAAAAUCAGUUUUAUUUCCAUUGUAUUCGCUCAACUUCAAAACACCACAAUUUACAAUCAAAAGACCAGAAAAAUAUGGUGGAGAUGUUAACUAUGAAGAUUAUCAAUCUUUGGAAAAUGACUUUCGUGAUAAAAAAGUCCAUCCUGGAGAUUUAAAAGCAUCAAUUACACAAAAUAUUAAUGCAAUAUUGGAACCUAUUAGAAAGAAAUGGGAGAGCGAUCCUGAACUUCAAGAAUUGGUUAAAAAAGCAUAUCCAGAGCCAGCCCCAAAAACUGAUAACAACAACAGUUAUUAUAAUGGUUAUAAUAAGGGUUCCAAUAACAGCUAUUAUACUGAUUAUAAUAAGAAUUACAAUAACGCUGGCAGCAUUAAAUAUCUCGACACUGCCUAUUCACAUAAUAAUCAUAGUUCGUGUAAUAUAGCUACCGAUAUCAUCGCAUAUUCACGUAAUAUCAAAAAAGAUAAUAAUAAGAUCACUCCUAAAACAUCUAAUAAUGGUGGUGGUGAUAAUUGCGAGACAACUACUAAACAAUACACAUCAAAUAAUCCAAACAUAUCACGUGAUCACACCAAUUCUGAAGGUGGUAAAUUGACUCGUAAAUACUGUCAUAAUAAACUGCUUAAAGAUGACGCAUCAUUUGAUCAAUAUGCUGGGUCUGUUGAUAAGUAUGGAUUUGAACUUAGUAAAGACGAGACAGUAAACUCAAAAUCACUUGAUGUAGAUAGAAGAGCAGAAAAAAAGGAAAUCAAAGAAUCACAAAAAUGGGCAAGUUUGCUUUCAAAACGUAAAAGAGUCUCUAAAUUAGGAAGAUAUGGUGAAACCUUUUAUCAAUUUGUAUGGGACAAAAAAUUUGUGAAAAGAGUUUAUAAAGGUAUACCUAAUCCUUGGAGAAAUAAAUCAUUAUUAAAUUUACCAUCAAUUCAUGAAAAUAACAUAGACUUAAAUGUAUCUGUAACAUUACAAUCACACAUAAUGUUUAAAUCAAGAUAUGGGCCUGGGCAAAGAUCAAUGUUUAAUGUAUUGAGAGCUUUCUCAAACUAUAAUGAAGAAGUUGGUUUUUCUCAAGGAAUGGCUAAUGUUGUAGCAAUUUUAUUAAUGUAUUACCCUGAAGAGGAUGCCUUUAUAAUGUUGACAAAAUUAUUUUCAAAGUGUGAUUUACAUAAUCUUUAUGUGCCUGGUUCCCCUUCCUUGAUGGAAGGUUUAUAUAUUCAAGAAAAAUUAAUGGAAUUAUAUGCACCAAAAUUAACAGAUCAUUUUGUAUGA